CGGCUCGGCUCGGCGCGGCGUAGCGUCCUGUGGCGAGAGCGCGCGGGCGCAGCACCAUGGAGUCGGGGAGCAAGAUGACAGCUCGCUUGAUGCUGGCGGUGGGAGGAGCAGUGCUGGGCUCCCUGCAGUUUGGCUAUAACACUGGAGUCAUCAACGCCCCGCAGAAGGUGAUUGAAGAGUUCUACAACCAGACGUGGCUAACUCGCUAUGAGGAGCCGAUCACCGCUGGCACCCUCACCACCCUGUGGUCCCUCUCCGUUGCCAUAUUCUCCGUUGGGGGAAUGGUUGGGUCUUUCUCCGUUGGGCUGUUCGUCAAUCGCUUUGGCCGACGGAACUCCAUGCUGAUGUCAAACAGUCUCGCCUUCCUGGCGGCCAUCCUGAUGGGGUUCUCCAAGGUGGCUUAUUCCUUCGAGAUGUUGAUCCUGGGCCGCUUCAUCGUCGGGUUGUAUUCUGGCCUCACCACUGGCUUCGUGCCCAUGUAUGUGGGUGAGGUGUCUCCGACGGCACUGAGAGGGGCUCUUGGAACGGUCCACCAGCUCGGCAUAGUCGUGGGCAUCCUCAUCGCACAGGUGUUUGGGAUGGACUUGAUCAUGGGGAACGAGUCGCUCUGGCCGCUCCUGCUGGGCUUCACCUUUGUCCCUUCCUUGCUGCAAUGUAUCAUCCUGCCCUUCGCCCCCGAGAGCCCCCGGUUCCUCCUAAUCAAUCGCAAUGAGGAGAACAAAGCCAAGAGUGUCCUGAAGAAGCUCAGAGGGACGACGGACGUCAGCAGCGACCUGCAGGAGAUGAAGGAAGAGAGCCGGCAGAUGAUGAGGGAGAAGAAGGUCACAAUACUGGAGCUCUUCCGCUCCCCUUUGUAUCAGCAGCCGAUCCUCAUUGCCAUUGUGCUGCAGCUGUCUCAGCAGCUCUCGGGGAUCAAUGCGGUCUUCUACUAUUCUACCAGCAUCUUUGAAAAGUCGGGCGUGGAGCAGCCCGUCUACGCCACCAUAGGCUCCGGGGUGGUGAACACAGCUUUCACGGUUGUCUCGCUCUUUGUGGUGGAGCGAGCCGGGCGCAGGACUCUGCACCUCGUUGGCCUGGCUGGGAUGGCUGGCUGCGCAGUGCUCAUGACCAUCGCCCUGGUGCUGCUGGACCAAAUGGCCUGGAUGUCCUACGUCAGCAUCAUUGCCAUCUUUGGGUUUGUGGCUUUCUUUGAGAUUGGCCCGGGCCCCAUCCCUUGGUUUAUCGUGGCAGAAUUGUUCAGCCAAGGCCCUCGUCCUGCCGCCUUCGCCGUCGCCGGCUUGUCCAAUUGGACCUCCAACUUCAUCGUGGGCAUGGGCUUCCAGUAUGUGGAGCAACUCUGCGGCCCAUAUGUCUUCAUCAUCUUCACGGUGCUGCUGAUCGCCUUCUUCAUCUUCACCUACUUCAAGGUGCCCGAGACGAGGGGCCGGACCUUCGACGAGAUCGCCUCCGGGUUCCGCCAGGGCGGUGCCAGCCAGAGCGACAAGACGCCCGACGAGUUCCACAGCUUGGGAGCGGACUCCCAGGUCUAACAAGCCAGCAGCUCGUCCCUCUGCUCCAGCCGCUGAACUUCUCUCCCGAGUGUUUUAAUGCUUGUACAGAAACCAGGCAGGAGGGA